GUCACAGCUACAGACCUAAACUAGGGCUCUAGCCACUCCUCUAGCUCAUUCAGAAAGCAGAAGUCGCAUCGCUAUCCUCCUUGAGCCUUCCACAGCCUUAAAUCAUUCACCAUGGCAAGUGUACGAGAGAACCUAUUUUCCAGCGUUGCAAAAGAGAAGACAAGUGCUCCCAAAAACAAGAUUACAAUUGUUGGAGUUGGCCAAGUUGGCAUGGCCUGUGCAGUCAGCGUCCUUCUGAAGGAACUGCCUGAUGUGCUUGCCCUGGUCGAUAUCUUGGAAGAUAAACUGGAGGGGGAAAAGCUGGACUUGCAACAUGGAAGCCUGUUUCUUAAAACUCCAACCAUUGUAGCAGGCAAAGACUACUCCGUAACAGCUGACUCUAAACUCGUUGUGGUCACUGGUGGGGUCCGUCAACAGGAGGGAGAGAGCCGGCUGAACCUCGUACAGAGAAACGUAAACGUCUUCAAGUUUAUUAUCCCUCAGGUGGUGAAGUACAGCCCUGAUGCUACUAUCCUUGUGGUUUCCAAUCCAGUUGAUAUCAUGACAUAUGUGACAUGGAAAAUAAGUGGCUUGCCACAGCACAAAGUCAUUGGAAGUGGCACUAACUUGGAUUCAGCAAGAUUCCGCUACAUAAUCUCUCAGAAACUUGGUAUCAGCACUUCAAGCUGCCAUGGCUACGUCUUGGGUGAACAUGGGGACUCUAGUGUGCCCGUUUGGAGUGGAGUGAAUGUUGCUGGAGUCACCCUUCAAUCACUCAAUCCUGAAAUUGGAACUGACAAGGAUCCAGAGAACUGGAAACAGGUCCACAAAGAUGUGGUUGCCAGUGCUUAUGAUGUGAUCAGACUAAAAGGAUACACCAACUGGGCUAUCGGCAUGAGUGUGGCUGACCUGGCAGAGUCAAUACUGAAAAACCUGAACAGAGUCCAUCCUGUAUCAACCAUGGUAAAGGGAUUAUAUGGCAUGGAGGAUGAAGUCUUCCUGAGUCUUCCAUGUGUCCUGAACUCUCAAGGCCUUGUGGAAGUUGUGAAGCAGAAAUUGACGGAGGAUGAAAAAGCUCAACUGCAGAAGAGUGCAGCGACCCUGUGGGGCAUCCAGAAAGAUCUUAAAGACCUCUGAAGUCCUAAAUCAGUCAUUACAGUCUGCACCCACCUUGCCUUUCUAAAAUUAUUUAGGUUCUUGUACACAGGUUUAUAGAGUAAUAUAGUUGUCAGAAUAAAAAUCUGAUGUAACUGAA